UACCCACUAUCUCCACCACCAGUUACCCAGAUAAGGGGGGCUCAUUGUGGACUUUCACUUCUGCUUUUUCAAUGACACAGGGCCCAGAGGGAGAGCCCCCACCCCACUGCCCUACCCACAGCCAGGCCCCCAGGGCAGACACAAGCCUGCCCUCCCCUCCUGCACUGGGAGCUCUGGAAGGACCAGCUCAACAAGCCCAAGGUCAGGCUGGGCCCCCAGGAGACCCGGAAGACAAGCGGGCAAGGUGGACAGGGGAAUGCCGAGGAAGGGGAAGGAGUCCUGUGACCUCAGGAUCUGAAACUCAUUUCACGCAUCAGGCUCCAGCAGGGCUCAGCUUCCGCCCUCGGCUCCCCCCUUCUGCCAAGAGCCCUGAGCCAUUCACAGCACCACCAGAAAACAGGCCAGUCUCAGGCAGGUCCUGUGCCUCUUAUGCCGAGAUGCUGCUGCCACUGCUGCUGUCCUCGCUGCUGGGCGGGUCCCAGGCUAUGGAUGGAGGCUUCUCAAUCCAAGUGCAGAGGUCGGUGACAGUGCCAGAGGGCCUGUGUGUCUCUGUGCCUUGCAACCUCUCCUACCCGCGAAGGGACUGGACAGAGUCUACCCCAGCUUAUGGCUACUGGUUCCGAGAAAGGGCUGAGACAAGCAAGGAUGCUCCAGUGGCAACAAACCACCCAGAUCGAGAGGUGGACAUGAGCACGUGGGACCGAUUUCAGCUCACGGGGGAUCCCGGCAAGGGGAGCUGCUCCUUGGUGAUCAGAGAUGCGCAGAUGCAGGACACGGGAGGGUACCUGUUUCGGGUGGAGAGGGGAAGCUAUGUGAAAUUCAACUUCUUGAACAAGUUCUAUCUAAAAGUAACAGCCCUGACUCAGAAGCCUGAUGUCUACAUCCCUGAGACCCUGGAGCCUGGGCAGCCAGUGAUGGUCAUCUGUGUGUUUAACUGGGCCUUCGAGAACUGUCCAGCCCCUUCUUUCUCCUGGACGGGGGCUGCCCUCUCCUCCAGAAGAACCAGACCAAGCAGCGCCCACUUCUCAGUGCUCAGCUUCACACCCAGGCCCCAGGACCAUGACACCGACCUCACCUGCCAUGUGGACUUCUCCAGAGCGGGUGUGAGUGCAGAGAGGACCGUCCAACUCCGCGUGGCCUAUGCCCCCAGAGACGUUGUUAUCAGUAUUUCCCGUGACAACACGCCAGCCCUGGAGCCCCAGCCCCAGGGAAAUCUCACACAUCUGGAAGCCCAGAAAGGCCAGUUCCUGAGGCUGCUCUGUGCUGCCGACAGCCAGCCCCCCGCCACGCUGAGCUGGGUGCUGCAGGACAGAGUCCUCUCCUGGUCCCACUCCUGGGGCCCCAGAACCCUGGGGCUGGAGCUUCCCCUGGUGAAGGCCGGGGAUUCAGGCCGCUACACCUGCCGAGCGGAGAACAGGCUUGGCUCCCAGCAGCGAGCCCUGGACCUCUCUGUGCAGUAUCCUCCAGAGAACCUGAGAGUGAUGGUUUCCCAAGCAAACAGGACAGUCCUGGAAAACCUUGGGAACGGCACGUCCGUCCCAGUCCUGGAGGGCCAAAGCCUGCGCCUGGCCUGUGUCACCCACAGCAGUCCCCCAGCCAUGCUGAGCUGGACCCGGGGGGGACAGACCCUGAGCCCCUCCCCACCCUCAGACUCCGCGGUCCUGGAGCUGCCUCAGGUUCAAAUGGAGCACGAAGGAGAGUUCACCUGCCACGCUCAGCACCCACUGGGCUCCCAGCAUGUCUCUCUCAGCCUCUCCGUGCACUAUAAGAAGGGACUGGUCUCAAAGGAGUUCUUCAUCGGAGCCGUUCUGGGAAUCAUGAUCAUGGCUCUUCUUUUCCUCUGCCUCUCCCAGAUCAUCAUGAAGAUUCUACUGAAGAAACAAACUCAGGCAGAGACCCCGAGGCCCAGGUUCUCCCGGCACAGCACCAUCCUGGAUUACAUCAACGUGGUCCCGAAGGCCGGCCCCCGGGCUUCGAAUCGGAAUGAGAAGGCCACAUCAAGCAGCGCUUCUCAGACACCUCCUCCACCAGGUGCUCCCUGCCCAGAAUCAAAGAAGAACCAGAAAAAGCCAUAUCAGUUGUUCAGCUGCCCAGAAUCCAAAUCAUCCACUCAAGCACCAGAAUCCCACAAGAGCCAAGAAGAGCUCCAUUAUGCCAUGCUCAACUUCCCAGGCCUCAGACCCAGGCCUGAGGCCGGGAUGCCCAAGGGCACCCAGGCGGAUUAUGCAGAGGUGAAGUUCCAUUGAGGGUCUCGGGCUUUAGGACUGGGACCCCGGCUAGGGAAGAAGGUAAAGUAAUAAUUUGAGGAUAACAGAGUGCAAAGUCUCCCUCCCUCCCUCCCUCUCUCUCUCUCUCUAUUUCUCUCUCAUUUAAAAAAAAAAAAAAAAAGCCUCCAAGUGGGCUGGGUGUGGUGGCUCAUGCCUGUAAUCCUAGCACUUUGGGAGGCCAAGGCGGAUGAAUUGCUUGAGCCCAGGAGUUCAAGAUCAGCCUGGUCAACAUGGUGAAACCCUGUCUCUACAAAAAGUACAAAACAUACCUGGACGUAGUGCUGUGUUCCUGUGGUCUCAGCUGGCAGAGGCAUUUGAACCAGAAGAACUCCAUCUGGAAUAGGAGCUACGUAAAAUGAGGCUGAGAUCUACAGGGCUGCAUUCCCAGACGGUGAAGGCAUUUUAAGUCAUAGGAUGAGACAGGAGGUCGGCACAAGAUCCAGGUCAUAAAGACCUUACUGAUAAAACAGGCUGCAGUAAAGAAGCCGGCCAAAUCCCACCAAAACCAAGAUGGCAACGAGAGUGACCUCUGGUCGUCCUCACUGCUACACUCCCGCCAGCACCAUGACAGGUUGCAGAUGCCGUGGCAACUUCAGGAAGUUGCCCUAUGUGGACUAAAAAGGGGAGGAAUGAACAAUCCACCCUUUGUUUAGUAUGUAAUCAAGAAAUAACCAUAAAAGUGGGCAACCAGCAGCCCUCGGGGCUGCUCUGUCUAUGGAGCCGUCAUUCUUUUGUUCCUUUACCUUGUUAAUAAACUUGCUUUC